AUGGAGAAAUUCUGCUCUAUCUGGAAGCACACAUGUUGGGAUGGGGUCGGUGAUGACUUGCGCUACAAAAUCAUCGGGGGAAGCCAGAACUCCACAUGGCUCUCCAGUUCCAAAACCUCCUCCCAGCGCAGGCUGCUGACGGUGGUGUUGCAGGGAGCGGCGGGCGUGGGGAAAACCACGCUGGCCAAGAAGUGGAUGCUGGACUGGGCACAGGACCACCUCCCGGGGACAUUCCACUCCGCCUUCUACCUCAGCUGCAAGGGGCUGGGCCGCCAGGGCGCCUGCACUUUCGCGGAGCUCCUGGCUAAGAAAUGCCCAGACGCGCAGGAGGCCGGCCCCCAGGUCCUGGCCCAGGGGCAGAGGAUCCUGGUGGUCAUCGACGGCUUCGAGGAGCUCAGAGCGCCCUCGGGGUCCCUCAUCCAUGAUAUCUGUGGUGACUGGGAGAAGCCGAAGCCCGUGCCCGUCCUGCUGGGCAGUUUGCUGAUGAGAAAGCUGCUGCCCAAGGCCACGCUGCUGGUCACCACGCGCCCGGAGGCCCUGGGGGAGCUGCGGCUCCUGGUGGACCAGCCACUGUUCAUCGAGGUGGAGGGCUUCCUGGAGGCGGACCGCAGGGGCUACUUCCUGAAGCACUUUGAGCAGCAGGACCAGGCCCUGCGCGCCUUCGAGGGCAUGAAGGGCAGCCCGGCGCUGUUCCACAUGGGCGCGGCGCCCGCCGUGUGCUGGGUCGUGUGCACGUGUCUGAAGGGGCAGCUGGAGAAGGGGGAGGACCCGGCCCCCACCUGCCGGACCCCCACCUCGCUGUUCCUGCGCUUCCUGUGCAACCAGUGCCCCCCAGCGGCCCCCGACAGCGGCCCCGCCCCGCACCUCCCCACUGCGCUCCAGGCCCUGAGCCUCCUGGCCGCCUGGGGCAUCUGGGCGCAGACGUCCCUGUUCGAUGGCGAAGACCUCGGGCAGCUGGGGGUCAGCGAGGCCGACCUGCGCCCUUUCCUGGACGGCAAGGUCCUGCAGGCGGACGCGGACUGCGAGGGCUGCUACGCCUUCCUGCACCUCAGCGUCCAGCAGUUCCUGGCCGCCCUGUUCUACCUGCUGGACGGCGCGGAGCGGGGGGACGCGGUCAGCUGGGCGCCGGACAUCUGGAAUGUAUGCGCGCUGCUGUCCAAGGAGGAGCGGCUGCGCAACCCCAGCCUGACCCGCGUGGGCUACUUCCUGUUCGGCCUCGCCAACCAGGAGAGGGCCCGGGAGCUGGAGGCCACCUUCGGCUGCCGCGUGUCCCUGGGCGUCAGGCAGGAGCUGCUGAGAGUGACGCGCAGCAGGGACUGGCCCUUCUCCUCCAGGGCGGACAUCCGGGAGCUGAUGCGCUGCCUCUACGAGUCUCAGGAGGAGGCGCUGGUGAGGGAGGCCCUGGCGCCCAUCACGGAGCUGGCCCUGCACCUGCAGAAAUCGAACCUGGGACCCCUCCCUUCUGUGUUUCCCAGGGUUAAAAACGUCUCCCCGGUCCACGCCUAUCGGGACUUCUGUCUGGCUUUGGUUGGUAAGAAGACCCUGACGCACCUGAUCCUGGAAGGCAGCGUCCCCUGCGACAACAUGCUGCUGCUGCUGCUGUGCGAGGCCUUAAGGCACCGGAGGUGCAACCUGCAGUAUCUCAGGUUGGGGUCUUGUUCUGAUUUCACUCAGCAUUUGAACGACUUCUCCUUGGCCCUGAAAGUCAACCAGUCCCUGCAAUCUCUGGACCUCACAGCCAGUGAGCUCGGGGAUGAGGGGGUCAAGUUGCUGUGUGGGAGUCUGAGGCACCCAAAUUGCUUCCUACAGUGGUUGUCGUUGGAAAACUGUCACCUGACGGAAGUCUGUUGCAAGGAGCUUGCCUCCACUUUGAUUGUCAACCAGAGGCUGACACACCUGUGCUUGGCCAAGAACAACCUUGGAGAUGGUGGGGUGAGAUUGCUGAGUGAGGGUUUGAGUUACCCAGAAUGUCAGCUACAGACCCUGGUGUUGUGCCAGUGCAGCAUAACCAGACGCGGCUGCAAGCCCAUCUCCGACUUUCUCCAAGGAGACUCCAGCCUGACCUUCUUGGACCUGAGUCUCAACCCCAUAGCGACUGGGUUGUGGUUUCUCUGUGAGGCGUUGAAGAAACCGAGUUGCAACCUCAAAUGCCUGGGGCUCUGUGGCUGCUCCCUCCCGUCUUUCUGCUGGCAGGACCUGGCCUCUGCCCUGGCCAGCAACCAGAGGCUGGAGGUCCUGGACCUGGGCCAGAACUCCUUGGGGCAGAACGGGGUCACCGUGCUCUUCGAGGCCCUGAAGCAGAGAUCCAGCCCUUUGAAGAGGCUCCGGCUGAGGACCGACGAGUCCAGCGCCCAGACCCAGAAGCUGCUGAAGGAAGUGAGGGACAGCAACCCCAAGCUGAACAUUGACUGCAAGGCUGCCAGAGCGGCCAGCUCCUUCUGCGAAUUCCCUUUCUUUACGCCCCAAGAUAACACUCCCGUUAUUUACUAGUCUCUCUGGCGGAGACCUGACGGCCGAAUGGUAAUUACUGGGUCAAAGUGGAGAA